CGCCAAUGUCGCUGAACUUUAACCGAUGCGCGCGAUUAUCAAUCGAGAAUAUAUAUGUCUAAAUUCGGUGUAUUUUUUUUGUUUUGGUUCAACAGAUCACACAGGAAAUUAAUUUUUGGAUGAAGAAAAAAGGAUUCUCCACAUUUAAGUCAUUAUGAUUCAAAUUAUCAUUUCUUCAAUUUUCUAUUAUAUAUUGGAAUCUCUUUAAAAAAUGUAAAAAUAGGAAAAGCAGGAAAACACAUAACGUAAGUGAAACAAAAGAGGAACAAAAAUGUACGACAUGGAACGAUGAAUUUCUUUCGAUUGCGAAUCCGAAGCGAACUUAGACAAAUGUUAGAGCAGUCGUCAGGCGCUGGCAAGCGGAAAGGUGGUUGCGCAAAAAGAAGGCUGCUCGUAGAAGGCGCGCUUUCUACGGUUGGGUAGAGUCCCUGAGUAAGCCUGACGGUAGGCAAACAAAAAGCGCGCCGUGUCGAUCGCGACAGAAACGCGAAGUAUUUCGGCGUGAGAAGAAGAGGAACAAGAAGAAGCGGCAGGAAGGGAGAAGGUGGAGAAGCGGGAUGCAACGAUCUCAACGAAGGACGCGAAGUUUCAACGAUUCAGUGGCAAGAUGCAGCCAGUCAACGCUCAUCGCGUUCUACUUGCUCUGCUGAUAAUUGCUGUUGUCACGUCAACUGCCGGAAAGUUGCAGCCUGUCAAACUUCUCGCGGCGCGAAAUCGUGCGGUGCUAAGACGGAUUGCCAUCUCUCGCGAGGAAAAAGCCAAAGUUUGUUACGAUUUACUCGGUUGCUUUGCGGAUCCGCCGCCGCAUUUAUCGAUAAAACGACCGCCCGAGCAUCCUAGCGUAAUUCAAACCAGGUUCUUCCUCUACACACGUGCGGACCGGCAAAAACCGGAACCGUUGCAAUACGGGGACAAUUUAAAAUCCAUCACACAUUCCCAAUUCAAUGUCAGCAAGCCUCUCAAGGUGUUGAUACACGGUUUCAAGGGCAGUGGAAAUGACGUCGGCGCAAUACUUUGCAUAAACUCUCUUCUCGAUAUAGAAGACGCGAACGUCAUCAUCUUGGACUGGACGAAGGGGGCGGGCACUACAUACGGGGCUGCAGUGGCAAAUAGCGAACUGGUCGGCCGGCAAUUGGCCUUGGUGCUUUUAGACGCCGUCAAUUUGGGUGUCGAUCCCGCCGACAUUCACGUGGUCGGCUUCAGUCUUGGCGCACACGUGGCCGGCUGCGCCUCGGAAGUAUUAAAAAGAAAAAGUCUGCUUGUAGGUCGCAUAACAGGUCUCGAUCCGGCGUCACCGUUCUUCAGGCAUCAUCUGUUCAGGGAGAAGUCAAGAAAAUUGGACGCCACCGACGCCCGCCUCGUCGAUGUCAUUCACACGGAUGGCUCUCAGGAUUUUAUGGACGGCUUUGGCCUACUUAAGCCGAUCGGGCACAUCGAUUUUUUUCCCAACGGCGGCCGAGAGCAACCCGGCUGUACCGAUAUUAAAAAUUCAGUGGUGGUCAGUCACUUGAAAGAGGAUGUGUUGGACAAGAAUAUAGCAUGUAGCCAUUUAAGAGCUUUUCAGCUCUAUGUAGAGAGCAUCCGCUCGCAAAGUGAGAAAUGCAAGUUUAUCGCAUGGCCUUGCUCUCAAGGAGCGAUAUCUUACGCGAAAGGAAUGUGCUUCCCUAUGGAAUCAACGAAUUGGAAUCAAGAGAUGGGUUACGCGGCUAAUCGUGGAGCAUUGGGAAUCUAUUAUUUGGCGACUAAAGCCGAAACACCGUUUUGUGGUGAACCAGUUAGAGCAUCAGUGAUAACGUCCGAAGAUAUGCUAAAAACAUCUGGUACAUUGUUUUUCAAAAUCUUUCUCGCUAAUUCCACAACGCUCUUCCAAAUUCAAUGCACUUUGCCUAAACGGACAAAUGAACGAAUGACGUUUUAUAACAUCGCGGCGGUGGAUUUUGACGCGUUAACGGGAGAUACUGGAUCGAUCACCGGUGUCAUCUCAUAUCAGCACAUCGCUAACAAGACAGAGGAGGAUGCUGCACAAGAGCCUGACACGGAUAUAAUACUUUUUAAUAAACUGGCCCUGGAAGAUCGUAAGGGCCAUAGGUGGGAAUAUUGCGGAAUAAACACCAUACUCAAUUCGAACGAGAUGCAUGUAGAAUUGAAAAAUGAACGCUGCACGGCGUAAAAUAUACCUCCGCCACGACAGUUUUAUAUUUAAAAUAAAAAUAGUCUGCAGCUGUAAAAGUGGCCACUUUCAAAGAAA